CACUGCUUCUUCGGCCAGAAAAAAAAAAUGGCAGCAGCGGCAACAGUGGCCAUGGCCGCACUGUCACUGCACCGUCUCUCAAAAUCACACACUCACAGUUACAGUCACACUUAUUCAUUUCGCACUCUCCCUCGCCUCACUUGCUCUCUCUCCUCUUCCUUAAAAUUCAACAUCUCCUUCGCUCCCCCUAAGCCCAAGCCCAAACCCGAGCCCGAAACCGAGGGCCCAAACCAAUUUCCGGAGCCCGAAGAUGUAACCGCCGGGCAGCUCCUGAUCCCAUGGAUCGUUCGAGGCGAGGAUGGGAACCUGAAGCUGCAAUCAGAGCCUCCACCGAGUCUUUUGAAUGCUUUGGCCACCGCCCAAACUGGUACCAAGAAGGAGAAGAAGCAAACCACGAAGAAGAAUAACAACAACAACGGUGAAAAGGAAGAAAAUAAGCUUCGUUCGUCGGUGCCGCUGCAGCGUUCGAAGCCGCCGCAGUAUUCCAAAGCAGCACGGAGGUUCUACAACCAGAAUUUGAAGGACUCCGGCACGCGCCUUAGCAAGGUUCUCGCCGCAUCUGGAGUUGCAUCCAGAAGGAGUUGUGAAGAGCUUAUUUUUGAAGGCAAGGUUACGGUGAAUGGUUCUGUCUGUAAUACACCUCAGACUAGAGUUGAUCCUGCAAAGGAUGUUAUCUAUGUCAAUGGGAACCGGCUUCCUAAGAGGCAGCCUCGAAAGGUUUAUUUUGCCUUGAACAAGCCAAAAGGGUACAUUUGCUCAUUUGGGGGAAAUGAGUCUAAAUCCGUGAUAAGUCUGUUUGAUGAUUAUUUGAAUAGUUGGGACAAAAAGCAUUCAGGAGUACCCAUGCCUCGGCUAUUUACUGUAGGGCGCCUUGACGUUGCUACUACUGGGUUAAUUAUUGUGACUAAUGAUGGAGAUUUUGCUCAAAAACUUUCACAUCCAUCAUCAAAUUUAUCAAAAGAAUACAUUGCAACGAUUGAUGGUUCAGUUCAUAAGAGGCACUUAAUAGCCAUAAGUGAGGGAACAACCAUUGAGGGAGUCCAUUGUACACCUGACAUUGUAGAGUUACUUCCACGUCAGCCUGAUGUGCAAAGAGCUCGUCUUCGUAUUGUGGUUCAUGAAGGGAGGAAACAUGAAGUUCGUGAACUUGUGAAAAAUGCUGGACUUGAGAUUCAUUCAUUAAAGCGAGUACGCAUUGGUGGGUUUAAACUUCCAUCAGACCUUGGGAUAGGGCAGUACAUAGAGCUAAAUCCGACGAAUCUGAACGCAUUGGGUGGGAAGAGUUAACAAAGUUGUUUCUUAAUUGUUGGAGUUAUUAUGGAAGAGUUGGCCAAUACUUGUUUGAUUUGAGCUGUUGAGUUCUGAUACAUAAUGCAUUUCUUGGGACAGUAAUGGAAUAGUGGCAGAGCACGCUGCUUUCUGAGUGUUUGACAUCAAGCCAAUCUGAUGCUCAUGCAAUCGAACAUAUCUAUGGUCUAGAAGAAUUGGGAUAAGAUGUUAUUGCUAAGAAGUGGUAUGGCCUUUUCCCAUGAAUGUGUAGUCCAGGGACUGCUGGUAUCUUUAUUGACAGUGUUGUAAAGUGAUGAAGAGAUCGUGUACAAAACGAUACAAGUUUAACCGAGGGCAGCCCGUUCAAAUAAGAGGGUUUGUUUUAGAAUCACGCAAAGAUUCUCAGUUUCAAACUGAACCUACACAUUAACACCAUUUCUUGGAAUGCUAACC